AUGCUGGUGAUGGUCCCCAUCCCCUAUAGUGGUGGUGGUGGUGAGGAUAGUGGCAGUGGUGCCGAUGGUCGCGGUGACGAUGGUGGUGACGAUCGUGGUAGUUGUGGCAGUGGUGGCAAUCGUGUCUCCUCACCUAGUAUGCUCUCCUCAGCCAUGGACGGCUCCUCAACCAUUGGACACAUCUUCUCGCCCAUGGCCUCCUUAACAAGCCGAUGUUCCUACUGCAUUGGACACAGUAGGAACAACAAUGAUGAUACCAAUCCAUUGAUCAUGUUGGUGAUGGUCCCCAUCCCUUGCGGUGGUGGUGGUGGUGAGGAUGGUGGCAAUGGUGCCGAUGGUCAUGGUGGUCGUGGUGACGACGGUGGCAAUGGUCAUGGUGGUUGUGGCAGUGGUGGCAAUCGUGUCUCCUCACUCAGCAUGCUCUCCUCAGCCAUGGACAGCUCCUCAACUAUUGGACACAUCUUCUCGCCCAUGGCCUCCUUAACAAGCCGUGGUGGUGGUGGUGAGGAUGGUGGCAAUGGUGCCGAUGGUCAUGGUGGUCGUGGUGACGACGGUGGCAAUGGUCAUGGUGGUUGUGGCAGUGGUGGCAAUCGUGUCUCCUCACCCAGCAUGCUCUCCUCAGUCAUGGACGGCUCCUCAACCAUUGGACACAUCUUCUCGCCCAUGGCCUGCUUAACAAGCUAG